AAACAAUUGGAUUUCAAUCAAGGUCUCCCUUCAGUGCAUUUGGGGAUCCAAAGUUAAAAUGCUGACAACAAGUUUUUGUGAGGGUCCCACGGACAAACUACUCCUUGAUUUGACAAUGGGUGGGGCCUUGGAUUAUGCCGUGACACAUUUUCCCGAGAGAACCGCUUUUAUAUAUCCAUUUGAGAUAGCGGCUUUGACUUAUAAACAAUUACACACAAAGGUAUGUCAUGUUGCUGCUGCGUUGCUGUCCCGCGGCUUAAGACCAGGUGACCAAGUUGUUCUGUGGACAGAUGUACAUUGUAUGGAAUUGGAGGUGUUCUCGCACGCUGUGACGUAUGCUGGGCUUAUUCUUGUUGGUGUGUUCCUGAUUGAUAUAGAGGACGUUCUGUUAAAUUUUUCAUGUAAAGCUAUUAUAUUUCCAAAUUUUACAUGGGAAUACACAAACCGAGAAUCUCGACUUGGAAGAAUUCUUGGAACAACUGCUGCCAGUAUAACAGAUCAUGAGACAAACACUGACUCUACAGCAAGCAUUGCAAUACUUCCGAAUAAAACAAGUGGCAAGGGCACAUUUUUGAGUUUCAAAACUCUGCUCGACGAAGGCGUAACACAACAAAGCCACCUAUCAAAAGUAAAAAAGACUAUAAGAGCUGACGAUGUAGCUGUUAUAAUGCUGACAUCAGGCACGACAGGGAAACCUAAGGGCGUGACCAGUACUCACUCAAGCAUGGUAAACAAUGGAUACUUCAUUGGAGACAGACUCCACUAUAGCUCCAAAGAACACCGUAUAUGUAGUCUGAUGCAACGUUACGAUGACAUAGGAUUGGUAGAAGCUAUGUGUGCGUUUAUGCAUGGAGCGACAAUUGUUAACCCUGAGCGCAAUUAUGAUGUUGAGGAUAUCACAUCUGUGAUGCAAGUUAUACAGAAUGAACGGUGCACUGCAGUCCAUGGAUUCCCUUCUCACUUUGUUAAUAUUAUAAGCGACCCCGCUUUCACAAUGUACGAUUUUAAAGCUGUGCACACGGGUUUUACUUGUGCGGCUCCUAUGUUCUCUCGGAAGAUGCUAGAAAUCCUAACCAAAUUUACACCAGACCUGGUGCCUGGGUUCGGAACCACGGAAACCAAGCGAAAUAUCCAAGGUUUUGUGACGGAUAGUAGAAUAAAACGUGCUGAUACUAUUGGCUACCCUAUGCCCCAUACAAAGGUAAAGAUAAUUGACCAGGAAUCUAACAUCGUGCCUAUUGGAAGUGCCGGGGAGUUGUGCCUCUAUAGCUAUUCCACAAUGGUCAAGUAUUGGAACCAACCAGAGAAGACUUCAAAGGCCAUUGAUGACGAAGGCUGGUAUCACACUGGCCUAACCCUAAGCCUAACCCCAACCCCUAACCCUAACCCCAACACUACCCCUAACCCUAACUAUAGUCUAACCCUAAGCCAGAGCCUAACCCCAACCCCUAACCCUAACCCCAACACUAUCCCUAACCCUAACUACAGCCUAACCCUAAGCCAGAGCCUAACCCCUAACCAUAACCCCAACACUACCCCUAACCCUAACUAUAGCCUAACCCUAAGCCAGAGCCUAACCCUAACCCCUUACUCUAACCUCAACAUUACCCCUAACCCUAACUAUAGCCUAACCCUAAGCCAGAGCCUAACCCUAGCCCCUAACCCUAACCCCAACACUACCCCUAACCCUAACUAUAGCCUAACCCUAAGCCAGAGCCUAACCCUAACCCCAACACUACCCCUAGCUCUAUCUAUAGCCUAA